CGCGACAGGGAGAGAGAGAGAGAGAGAGAGAGAGAGAGAAAGAAAGAAAGUGAACUCCGCUGAAUUGGUUACACUUUUAAUUGGAGGUAUAUUUCGCCUUUUUUUGGACAGGUGAGGAUUUAUUUGGAGAAGGAAUUGUGAAGAAAAGCGGCUGAGAGCGGAUUUGUGCCACACCUGAACUUUCCCCAUGACACCUGUCGCUGGUGUUUGUGUUCAGUCGCGAGCGCAAAGUAACACCAGGUGCACGGCGUCCAUGUUGGAGCUGUUGUAUGUAAUAUAGCGUCAUUAUUAUUUGUAUUAUUGUAUUAUUUUAUUAUCAAUAUCAUUGUUUUUCACCGUGAGAAUGAAAGUGACUGUGAACUUUGGGAGCACUGGAGUCGUGGUGCCGUGUAAAGACGGCUGGAUUGUGCGGGACCUGAUACACCAAGCCACUCAGCGCUACAAAAAAAUAGUCGAACAGGAUGGGGAGUUUCUGGUGCGUACACAUCAUGUGGAGUACGCUGACGGGGGGAUUCUCGACCCUGACGACAUGCUCACGGACCUGCUCGAGGACAAGGACAAGCUGAUAGCGGUGUACGAGGAGGCGGAGCUACAGCCGAGGGCGGCGGUUAGCCCGGGGGGCAGCGUGGCGUCCGGAUACUCCAGCCCCUACGCCUCCGAGCCCGAGCUGGGCGUCCUGCGGCCCGCAGUGGGCACAGAGAUCGAGGUCACCUCCAGCACCCUCAAGUCAAACACGCCUCUGAUGGUCAGGAGCAGCAGUGAACUGGUGCUGUCACGCUCACUGGACAACGGGAGUCGAGAUACUGAAAGCAACGACAACAGACCAACAACAGCAACGGGAGCAGGCCAUGUGCUAACAGUGAAGGGUGGAACCAUGGACACACUAAAAGAAGACAUGAACAGGAAGACCAACAACAACAACAACAGCAGCAGCAGGCUCACCAGAACAGUGGAAAUUUCUGGAGACAUGGGACCUCUAGGAAUUAAAGUUGUACCUUAUCUUUCUUCACUGAGUGGGCGGCCACUGGGCCUCCACGUUAAAGGCAUCGAGGAGAACAGUCGCACGAAGAGAGAGGGCAUCUUCGAGGAGGACGAGUGCAUCGUACAGAUCAACGACACCGAGCUCAUAGACACGUCUUUCGCUCAGUCUCAGGAGAUGUUCCGUCAGGCCAUGUUGUCCCCUGUCGUGCGAUUGGAGGUCCUCCCCAUGUCCAACAAGCUCCAGUACGAGAAGAGCCUCAUCAGCCAGAUAUUCAGCAACUUUGACUCCGCCCACACCGUCGUCCCUAAACCGAAGAGUCCCUUCAUGCUUCGGAAAGCCGACGUUAAAUUCUCUGACCCCGCCCCUUCCUCUUCCCCCUCUUCUCUGACUCCGCCUCCGAGAGAGGAGCCCACCAUGAGACGCAGCCCCAUCUUCGUGGAGCGUCGUGAGCAGACCCCGCCUCCUCCCGUCAGUGCCUCGCCCACACCCAGGAGUCGCAGCGAAAGCCCCGCCUCCACAGUAAACCCCGCCCUUAUCGCACUAACAAACGCUAACAAGAAAGGUGGCAGGAAGUUGAUCAAUUUAAGAAAAGGUCCCGACGGUCUCGGCUUCACCGUGGUGACCAGAGACUCGGCCGUUCACGGGCCUGGACCCAUCCUGGUGAAGAGCAUCCUGCCCCGCGGUGCUGCUGUGAAAGACGGACGCCUGCAAUCCGGGGACCGCAUCCUGCAGGUAAACGGAGUGGACAUCAGCGGUUACAGACAGGAGGAACUGGUUGCGAUGUUACGCAGCACGAAACAGGGAGAGACCGUCUCACUCUUAGUGUCCAGACAAGAGGAACCGUUCUUACCUCGAGAACUGAAAGGAGAGCCGUCUGGUCCAGUCCUGUCUGAGGAUGGCCGAGAGCAACUGAUGUAUGAGAUUCCUGUAAACGACUCGGGGUCAGCUGGACUCGGCCUCAGUCUGAAGGGCAACAAGUCCAGAGAGACGGGCGAGGACCUGGGCAUCUUCAUCAAGUCCAUCAUCCAUGGAGGGGCCGCUUUCAAGGACGGGCGCCUGCAGGUGAAUGACCAGCUCGUGGCCGUCAAUGGCGAGUCCCUUCUUGGCCGAUCCAACAAUGACGCCAUGGAGACUCUGAGACGUUCUAUGUCCAUGGAAGGGAACCUGCGAGGAACCAUCCAAUUAGUUAUCCUCCGAGCUAUGGACCAAUCCCCUGCCCAGGAGAGACGACAAGAUGAAGGUCAGAGUCGGAUGAGAGAGAGUUCCCCAGCUCUGCACACCCAAAAUAACCUGAGCAACGGCGUCGCUCAGCCACCCAUGGUGAUCAACAGCAUCUACGACCGUGUUCCAGGUCCCGUUGCAGCCUCCAAUGGCAGACCCGGGGUGUAUGAUGACGACUCGGACGAAGACGAGUUCCCUUCUCCUCCUUCCGAUAUGGAGUCAGACGUCAACCCACAACGGAGAUACGCACAAAACAGAGAUGAACGAGAACUCGUCGGGAACACGGGACGUCCGACGCAUCAUCAGCUUCAAGACACACAGAGAUCACCGGCACAUCAUACAACAAAGGCUUCCAAGAGCAUGGACCUGGUGGCGGAUGAGGGCAACAUUGGUGGCAGGCAAGCACACACACCAGCUCCCUUGACGUCUCUGGGACCGACGUUGGGACUCCAAAAGUCCAGCUCUCUGGAGAGUUUGCAGACAGCCAUGGAGGAAGCCAGUAAGAGCAGCGUUCCCUUCCACCGGCCUGCCGGUCCUAUGGUACGCGGCCGUGGUUGCAACAUGAGCUUCCGGCAGGCCAUCGACAAGUCCUACGACGGACCCUCGGAGCCUGAGGACGAUUACUCCGAGGACAGCUCGGGCAGGGACACUCCAGUCAGCGGGUCCUCGCGCCAAGAACUGGAGGACGGAGGCAAAGAGAAAAAGAAGAAGACCAAAAAGAAGAAGGAGAAGAAGCCCAAGACCAAGAAGAAGGAUGAUGCUGAUGACCCAGACAAGAAGACGAAGAAGAAGGGUUUUGGACUCUUGAGAUUUGGCAAAAAGAACAAAACCAAAGGAAAGUUGGGAUCGCUGAGCGAAGAGGAGCUCAAUAAGAGCGAAUCAGAAAUGUUAACGGAAACGGACAUGGCAGCUCCGUCCCGUGGCCACCUGCCCGACGUAGAAGACGACGAUUUCGACCCGAACUACGCUCGCAUCAACACCUUCAGAGAUCCGCCCCCUCCUAGCCACGCCUCCUAUCCAAACCACAUACCCUCUCCUCAUUAUGUCCCACCCACAGGCCCCGCCUACAACAUGCCUCCGACCAAUGAGGACCCACGGGAAGGACUUUACGCCAAAGUCAACAAGAUAAAGCCUCGCUCGCAACCAGCACCCGAGAGUAAUGAAGCUCGUCUGCAGCAGAUCCGGAGUCAGUUACAGCAGGUGAAACCUUCUCCAUCGUACACAGAGUCAGGGGCAGGACACCGACUCCAGGAAUAUGAUCCAUCCCGGAUAAGAGGCCCUGAUCCCCGCAUGGCUCCAAGAUAUGAAGACAUUGAUCGACAUCAUGCAUCUGCACCCAGACGAAUGGCUGUGGAAGGCCACAAAGAAGCAGACCGCUACCUGAACCCUAGUCCGACCUACAACGCAAACCAAAACCCCCAGCCAGCCUCGAAUCGUCCUGCCGUAUCCCGCUCUGGACCUCAUAGAUACGACCUGCCGCCAUCCUCCUCUCCAGGCCAGCAGGGGGUGCCAAGCUACGAAGCUGCGAUCAAAGCUGGCAGUCGCAUGGCUGGUCCCAAUCAGUAUGGUGCAUAUGAAGAUGGGCAGUACCCGAACCAUCGGACCAAGAACCCAGCCAUCGGAGCUGUGUAGAAUAAAAGUAGGCUAAUUUCGAAGUAGGGCAGGGUAUAGCUAGCCAGCCUUUAAACCUAUUCUUAAAGGUCUUUGUAUAGUAAAGUGUUCUUUCCUAAAGUGGGUCUAUUCUGAAUCGCUCUCUGCAAGGUAAAUCCUCUUUGAAGACAACUUACAAAAUCUCACGUCGCAGUCAAGGUGACUAAACUUGGGUUCUAUGCUAGAAGUAAGGGUCAGAGUAGGUUUCUCAAGGGUUCUUUGGAUAAUAAAAGGUUCUUCACUUCAUAAAGAAUAUCUGUUUAGGUCUGCAAGGUAAACCAUCUUUUUUUUUUUUUCUUUCUUAAGUAUAGACUUUCCAAAAUUUCUCAUAAUCACUCGACUCAACUUGCCCUUGAGUCAACAGGCAUCUUCAGUUCAUCCAUAUACCUUUGGUACCUUUGGUUUAUCUCCAAAGAAUCUUUGGGUAGCUUAUUUUCCAAGUGUGUACACCAAUCCCGAAUGGUGCUAGCAUCACUCUUUAAUAAUAAUACAACACAGUGUUGAAUAAUGCAAGUAUAAUCUCAGAGCCACAUUCAGUAAAAAAGCUAUUCCUAAUUCGGAGCAGGGUAGGGUAUAGUUAGCAACCGUUCAAAAAGGCUCUAGUUGCAAGAAUAACCCAUUUCAUGGAAACUUUCAUGACAACUUUGUGGUUUUUAAGUAUAGACCUUGCAAAAUCUCUUGUAGCAGUCGACUCGACUUUCCCCUCAUCCACAGGCUUCUUCAGUUCAUCCAUACUUCAAGGUCCCUGUUUAACUACAUAUCCAAAGAACCUUUAGGUAGCUCUUUUUCCAAGGCUCUUACACCAAUCCAGAAUGUAGCUAGCUUCAAUAUUUAUAGAUUCCCCAGAUAGACAGAUCAGGAAACUUUAGGUUUCUAGAUUUAACCUAGUGUUGAAUAAUACAGGCAUAAUCUCUGAGUCCUGUUCAGUAAACCUAGCACUGGUUCUGGUUCUGUUUCUUGCCUAUAUCUGGGAGUUUCUAAAAAUUUUGAAGGAACAUUUUAUCUGCCUGAUUUAAACAACGAUGUAUAAACGAUGCAGGUUCACCAAAUCCUAGAUGUAGAAAAAAAACAGUAGUUCUUUACUGUUGAUGUGAAUAGUUUGCCAUGUUGUAAAUAUUCCUUUCCACUUAUUGUGUUAUAUGCUGGAGAGAUUCUCUUUAGUCUAGUCCCAGAGGCUUGGACUACAAAUCAAUUUGUAUACUUUGUGUAGUUUUAUAUAAUCCAUAUGUAAUUCCUGGUGCUGUUAGAGUCUAGUUUGUCUGUAGAUAAACCGCUUGUCUGUGGUUUUCGAUGGUCUUUAUCUGUGUGGUUUCCCUCAUAGCUUAAAGCUGUGGUUGGCCAGUGUGUGUUAUCUGAUGACUAACAGUCUCUGUUUUCUCUCCGUAUUAUCCCCAAGACUCUUGCUCUGAGCAGAACGACACCAGAAUUUAGAUGGUUAGCAAGAAAAUGAGGACGCGUUACCAAUUAGGUUUCCAAAUUUUUCGUCUUCUUGUUUUUUUUCAUGUAGCUAUGCUUGAAGCUUUAAAUCUUUUUAUUUUGCUUCCCUUUAAUGAAGGAAGCUCCAGGGUGAGUGCAGUGCCAAAUGGAAAAAAAAGAGGAAUGUCUUGUGAAAUUGUGUGAGGAGGUUGUCAUUUUUUUUUUUUUUUUUUAUUAAACCUUUCUCGAUAGAUAAGAUGAUAUCUGUUUUCUUUUAUUCUGCGUUUUUAUGGUGAGAUGGAGCGAAUUUACUUUUUCUUUUUGAAUGUUGGAGACUUUUGCACAUUUUUUUAAAAAAAUACUUCUUACAGAGUAUAAAUUUUUACCAUAAAAAUUCCAAAACACAGCCAUUUUGUCACCUUUCCAGUCUUUUCAUGUUGUGUAUGAACGAAGUGUGAAAUUUCUGCAGCGGAAUUUGAACCGGAAAUGGAAGGUACUUUGAAUUCUGCUUUUCUUUCCAUGUAUUUAUUUCGAAGUUUUAUUUUUAAAGAAAGAACAAAUUAUAAGAAAUAUGAAGCUAUGAUAAACGCGUGUGUGUGUUUCAUCCAGAGGCAUAAAAGGAUUAUCUAAAUGUGUUAAUAUAUUGAGAAAUCAAUGCGAUGACAUCACUGUAUCAUUGAUGAACGAGUUGAUUCUUUGUUACUGCAUGUUUUUAAGAAUGUUUUGCAUUAAAAAUAAAUAUCAUUCA